GGAGGGUCAACCACUCCACCUUCAUUUGUCCAAAUGCCAGGAUCACACAUGCUGCCCAGCUACUACAGACGUCCGUUCAUAUCUGACUCAGACUUCUGUCCGUCUACCAAGCAGUUCUCCCCUGAUGUAUAUUCUUCCACUCUCGGGGGUAAACCCCUCGGCUGCGAGCCGUCCACCAUGACCAGCUACUCCUCCUUCAUUGACAGCUACUACCCAGAAACGUUUGGUGACUACCGCAGCGCUGCAACUUUUUCCAGCUCUGGGAGUUCUUUUCUGCCUUCUUCAGCUAUAUCCUCCCUUCUGCCACCUUUCAGUGGAGAAUCAUCACAUUUAUAUCUGAGGGACUCCUGGGACCAGCCGGGCCCGGAGCCCGUGUCACAGGUGGAGAGUCUCUGCACAGACAACCUGGCCUCUGUCAGCGUUCCCGCCUCCAUGCCCAGUCCAGAACCCCCGGGGAGCCCCUCUCAGUACCGCUCCCCCAGCCGAGGCUCCUCCAUGGUCCCCCCUGCCAGCAGCUACACCCUGCACCCCCUGGAGGACGUCCACUACCACCCUUUAACCACCAGCAGCCCCUACACUGUGCCCUCCUCCUCUUUUCCCUGCCCCCCCUACAUGAGCAGCCCCGUCACCGACCUGGUGUCCAAGAUGGUGACGGAUGAGGUCUCUGAAGGCCAUGACAGCCUCCCCAGCAGCACUGAAGCCCACUCCUCCUGGGUGAAGGAGGACGGGGUGAGCUCCUGGUCCCCCUAUGAGCUCAGGAGGGCCUACUGACACGGAGCCCCGACAAUCACAGACGUUAUACGACAAAAUGAGCCUGAAAUGUUUCUGAUGUGUUGUGUUGGACGAUAUUCACAUCACUUUUUACAGUUUCUGCUUGUCUUCCAUGUAAACAUGUUCUUUAGUCUGAUGGGAGGAAUAUGGUUUUUAAAGUUACACAGUCAAAAAUUACCACCAAUAUUUAUG